CUGCGCAUGCGUAGGGAGAGCUUCUCUAUCUCUUUUCCCUUCCCCUCCCUCCUUUUUCCCAGCGUCCCUUGCGCGGUGAAGAAGCGUCGACUGGAGGCAUUUUGUGUGUCCUGGAUAUCGGCGGUUGAGGGAGACAAGAUGGCGGCGGCCGCUGAGUGAAGCGCCCCUUGGCGGCGGCCAGGGACCCGCUUAGGCUUCUCCCUCCCUCCCUCCCCCCCAUCUUCGAGGGCUGCCUUCCUGGAAGGGCGGAGAGCGGCCCGGCAGCCGGGGAAGCCUCGGGGGCGCCUGCGCCUUAUAUCUCUAUAUCUCUAUAUAACUAUACAUAUCUAGGGACCCCAUUCCGCCAUUUCCCCUUCUUCUCUUUCUGUCAAGGCUUCGUCGGCGGGGUCUAGGCGCGUGAAUAUCCCUCCCUUCCUUCCUUCCUUUCCCUCCCCCGUCCCUUCCCUCCCUCCCUCCCUCCCUCCGCCAUGGCGAGCAGCAGCGGCUCCAAGGCCGAGUUCAUCGUCGGGGGCAAGUACAAACUGGUGCGGAAGAUCGGCUCCGGCUCCUUCGGGGACAUUUACCUGGCUAUCAAUAUCACCAACGGGGAGGAAGUGGCUGUGAAGCUCGAGUCGCAGAAGGCCAGGCAUCCUCAGCUGCUGUACGAAAGCAAACUCUACAAGAUCCUCCAGGGGGGAGUGGGCAUCCCCCACAUACGGUGGUAUGGGCAAGAGAAAGAUUACAAUGUUCUAGUCAUGGACCUUCUUGGACCCAGCCUUGAAGAUCUCUUCAACUUCGUCCGCAGGUUCACACAUGAAAACAGUACUUAUGUAGCAGACCAGAUGAUCAGUAGAAUUGAAUAUGUGCAUACAAAGAAUUUUAUACACAGAGACAUUAAACCAGAUAACUUCCUAAGGGGUAUCGGGCGUCACUGUAAUAAGUUAUUCCUUAUUGACUUUGGGUUGGCCAAAAAAUACCGGGACAACAGGACAAGACAACACAUACCAUAUAGAGAAGACAAAAAUCUUACUGGUACUGCAAGAUAUGCCAGCAUUAAUGCACACCUUGGCAUUGAACAGAGUCGUCGAGAUGAUAUGGAGUCACUAGGAUAUGUACUAAUGUACUUUAACAGAACCAGCCUGCCAUGGCAAGGAUUAAAGGCUGCAACAAAGAAGCAGAAGUAUGAAAAGAUUAGUGAAAAGAAGAUGUCUACUCCUGUUGAAGUUUUGUGUAAGGGAUUUCCUGCAGAAUUUGCAAUGUAUCUGAACUACUGCCGUGGACUGCGCUUUGAAGAAGCUCCUGAUUAUAUGUAUCUGAGACAGUUAUUCCGUAUCCUCUUCAGGACCUUGAAUCAUCAAUAUGACUACACAUUUGACUGGACAAUGUUAAAGCAGAAAGCAGCACAGCAGGCAGCCUCUUCCAGUGGGCAGGGGCAACAAGCCCAAACCCCCACAGGCAAGCAAACUGACAAAUCCAAGAGUAACAUGAAAGGUUUUUGAGCAUGAAGAAGACAACAGAUGAAGCAGAGCAGAAUGGAGCAGGAUGUAUCACUCCCCAAAUCCUAGGAAUUUUUAGUUCAUAAACACACUUGCCAGUGGUUGUGAGCAGCCAUCUACUUGAUGUAAAGAACUUAAUUUCAAUAUAAACUGGCUCUGGGCAGCACCGUGGAUGCUGCACCUUUGAGUUGUAGCAGCUGUAAUUGUGAAUAUUGCUGAGAUAGUUGAACAUGGUGUCCAGUUUUCUAUUGCAUUUUUUCAAGUGGAAAAGUUAACUGAAUGGUUGACACAAAAGUGGUGGAAAGAAUUGUGCAUAUGCCAAUUUUUGUAACCUUUUUACUUUGAACUACACUGCUUACAAGAUCUCAUUGUUUUGGAAGAAUGGCAUGAACAAGUCUUCAGGAACAGUUGUGAUAAUUGUAAAUGCUCACAAUUGUGCACUCUUUCUGGGUAUUCCUUCCUGGUUUUGAAAGUUGUACACUUAAAACAUUCUUAAAAUUGCUGGUGUCUGAAUGACAUAACAAGCCAGUUGACAUGGUAGUAACCAAAGAUUCCAGUUUUUAAGCAUAUGAAAGACUCUGCCUGCUUACCUGUGCUAGAAGUAACAGCAUCUAAAGUGAAGACUUAAGAGAAACUUAGCGACUACUAGAUUAUCUUUAGGACUCUGCAUUAACUCUAUAAUGUUCUUGUUAUAAAAGGAGAAACAGCAUAUUUGUCACAAAUUUAGUUAACAUCUUACAACGAAACUGUAUGUAAGUUGCUUAGAUAAAUGUAAUCACUGUAAACAUCUAUAUGAUCUGGGAUUUUGUUUUUAUUUUGAAACGGGAGCUUUUUUGUUUACAAGUUCAUUAAAAACUAAACUGUUUCUGUAAGGAAAUGAGAUUUUUUUAAUUUGCCUUGAUAAUUUGCAAUCUAAAUUAGACACCACCCUUUUUUAAAACAGGCAACUACAAGGCCAUUUGUUAAAGCAAAAGUCCUAUUUCUUAAUCAUUUUAGAUCUAGUGUUGUAACUCUUCCUCACUUUUGUUUUUAAAUAAAUUUUGUAUUUUUUUUUCUUGAUGGGGAGGGGCACUCUUGCAUUUUUAUAAUCUGUUGCAUUGAUACCCAGCCCGCUGUAACAAGAGACUGAAUAAAAAUAAAAGCAUCUUUUUGGACCCAUCAUAGCAGCUCACAAGUCUUGCCAUUGUCUCACACUGGCUAGACUGAUUUGCAGAACAAGCUUUGCAGAUUUAAAUUGGAGAUAUAUUGAGGGUUUGAAAAACGAGGAAUUUUCUUUCAAGUUCUUGUGAAGUGGAUAUAACCAGAUUUACUCUUGUUCUUAGGCAGCCCCUUGGUGUUCACAUGGGUUACUGGUUACUGCCUCAGGCUGUCCUCACCUUAAUCCAGCUGAAAGAUAUUCUUACUGCUGGCAAAUUCAUCUAAUGGUGUAAUUUAUUCCUUUAUAGCAUGUCAGAAUAAAUUUUAAAAGUUGUCUGAAAAUGCUGCCAGAUGCCUAUUGUGUACAUGGUUUUAAUGACUUUUGAACUUUCAGUUUUCAUUGGAACAUAAAUUUGGGUUGCACUGCAUACUUUUUUGUGGGAUAUUAAAAAUCUUCAACAUUAUCCCCCUACUCCUGGUAAUAAAGUGAAUAGUUAAAAA